CAAUGGAUGCCAAAGCACAUGAAGGGAAGCGCAGUUCCAGAGAAAGAGUGAUGUUCAAAGAUGAUUGCAUUGUUGAUGAAGAUUUAGAUGAUGAUAUGGAAGAAGAAGACGGAAGUGGUGGGUUUGUUGAUGAUGAGAAGAAAAAAGGAGUUGGUAUGGUGCAUGGGAAGAGAGGGAAUAGUGGUGGAGGUGGCAGCAGCGGCGGGUCAUCGUCGCCGUCUUGCCAGGUGGAGAGAUGUGGAGCUGAUUUAACCGAGGCUAAGAGGUACCACAGGCGACAUAAGGUGUGUGAGAUUCAUGCAAAGGCACCAGCAGUCAUUGUUUCUGGCAUUAGGCAGAGGUUUUGUCAACAAUGCAGCAGGUUCCAUGAGCUGUCAGAGUUUGAUGAAGCAAAAAGGAGUUGCCGCAGGCGUUUGGCAGGACACAACGAGAGGCGAAGGAAGAGCUCAGCUGAAUCCUACGGGGAAGGGUCCAGCGGCCGCAAAGGGUUGUUUGGUGGACAGGCUCAGUUAAAGGAAAGCCAGUUCAGGCAAGCUGAUGAAAGAGGCAAAUAUCAUAUAACCAUACCAGGGAAUAAUUCUGCUACUUACAAACGAUCCCAAAUCCUGUGAACAAAGAACCCCACCAUGCUCCCUCUCUUCUGUCAUCUUAUGCCUAGCUUCAAGCACUUUCAGUAUGCUAUAUAUAUUAUAUCUACAAGAAUAUAAGGACAAUAUAUCAUGAAUCAUUAUGUGGAAGUUGAGGCAAGUUUGCUUUCACUUCAUGUUGUUGUAUGUCAUAUGUAGUUAUUGUAUUCUUAUAUAUUACAUCAUGCAAACUAGACUUUUAUAAUUAAGUGGUAUGUGUUUGAUA